AGAGCCACGCCGGCGGGCGGCGAGGCGGCGUUGCGGAGCUGCCCCCGGCCGGGAGCGCCCUGAGGACGCCCCGCUCCCCGCUCCGGGCGCUGCUGCGGGCGGCGACUUUGCUGCGGGCGGGCACUCGCCGGGCUCCCCCCUCUCUUCUCCUCUCCUCGCCUCCCGCCGCCGCUCCGCCCGCCGCCGGCUGCGGAAUGGGCGGCUCUGGCCGCCGGCUGCCGGCAGCUGUCACACGGCGAAGGCAGCCGCAGCCGGUGCGAGGAGCGAGCCCACCCUGCCGCCGAGGAUGACUCACGGGGAGCCGGCGCUCGUCUCCCUCGUGCUGGCCGUGGACGGAGAGCAGCCGGCGAGCUCCGCGGGGCGAGGACAAGGGGAAGGAGGCAAGACACAUGACAAAAAUCAUAGAGUGAAAUAGCUGGAAGUCCACCCACUGGGAAAGGCUGGAUGGCAGAACCACUGUGCAAUGCUGCUGUAAAGAAAUGCAAAGAAACUAUGCCCCAGACGCCAAUAUUUUCCAGUAUGCUUGGUUCCAGUUGUAGUGGGCAAGUGCAGCCAGACAUGGGAGAGAGGUGCAUGGACCCUGUUUAUCAGGACGGGAACAUUGUUUCUGGAUCGCUGGAGGCCUUGAUAGAGCGCCUGGUGCCCACCAUGGACUAUUAUCCAGACAGGACUUACAUCUUCACUUUCCUGCUGAGCUCCCGAGUCUUCAUUCACCCCCAUGAGCUCCUGGCUAAAGUGGGGCAGAUCUGCAUCAAACAGAAGCAGCAGCUGGAAACGGGGGCUGAGGCAGAAAAGGCAAAGCUGAAAUCCUUCGCUGCCAAAAUCAUUCAGCUCCUGAAGGAAUGGACUGAAACUUUCCCCUAUGAUUUCCAAGAUGAAAAAUCCAUGAAAGAGUUGAAGGAGAUCGCUCACAGGAUCACACAAUGCGAUGAGGAAAAUGGCACAGUGAAAAAGAUCAUUAGCCAGAUGACACAGAAUCUCUUGAUGGCCCUCUCCGCACGGAGCCAGUACCAGGAAAUCAGAGAGAAAUUCCGGCAACCUGUUACUGACAAGGGCACCAUCCUCAAAAACAAGCCACAGUCAACUCAAAAGGACAUCCUGAGCGUGUGCUGUGACCCUCUGAUCUUGGCACAGCAGCUAACCCAUAUUGAACUGGAACGGGUGAGCAACAUUUACCCAGAGGAUCUGAUGCAGAUUGUCAGCCACAUGGACUCCCUAGAUAAUCACAAGUGCCGAGGUGAUGUUACCAAAACCUACAACUUGGAGGCCUAUGACAACUGGUUCAAUUGUCUCAGCAUGCUGGUGGCUACAGAGAUUUGUAGGGUUGUAAAGAAAAAGCAGCGUACGAGAAUGGUGGAAUUCUUCAUUGAUGUGGCAAGAGAGUGCUUCAAUAUCGGAAACUUCAACUCAAUGAUGGCUAUUAUCUCUGGCAUGAACUUGAGUCCUGUGGCACGGCUAAAGAAAACUUGGUCAAAGGUCAAAACAGCCAAAUUUGAUGUUUUAGAGCACCACAUGGAUCCUUCCAGCAACUUUUGUAAUUACCGCACAGCCCUGCAAGGAGCAGCACAGCGAUCUCAGACUGCCAACAGCAAUCGAGAGAAAAUAGUCAUCCCAGUUUUCAAUCUGUUUAUUAAAGAUAUCUACUUUCUGCACAAAAUACAUACGAACCGCUUACCCAAUGGACAGAUAAACUUCAAGAAAUUCUGGGAAAUUUCAAGACAGAUUCAUGAUUUCUUGACAUGGAAGCAGGUCGAGUGUCCUUUUGAAAAGGAUAAGAAGAUCCAGAGUUAUCUACUCACGGCACCCAUUUACAGUGAAGAAGCUCUGUUUAUUGCAUCCUUUGAGAGCGAAGGUCCAGAAAACCACAUGGAAAAAGACAGCUGGAAAACACUCAGGACAACUCUGCUUAAUAGGGCCUGAGAUUUUUGGAUCCGAUCUGCAGACUUUGAAGCACACAGAACGAAUGUGUUUUUACAACCUGAAAGAAUUGGACUGAGCUAAGAAAGACCUCACUGGCUGAGGUCUGUUUUGUAUAUACAGUACCUUUUAUGAAAUAAAAUGUGGUAAAUAUUUCACAUGUCAACCUUGAGGCACUUAAGUGAAGGAUUUUGUUUUUUUAUUUAAAAAGAAAGAAAAAAGGGCAGGGCCCUGUUCUCAGAGAUGAAGUGUAUUGCGGGAGGUGGGAUCCCUGGGGAGAUCUUAUUCUAUCAGCAUCCAAAUUUUUAUUUUUUAUUACUUCCGCCAAAAUAAAACAAAAUUAAAACACAUCCCAGCUACAGCCAGUGUUCAGGUUACAUACUCCACUGGACCAAUAGCCUACAGAACACUCAGUACGUCUCUCUAUCCUUGUGGUUUUCAUUCAAAUCAGCGAGACUGAUCAUACAUGUGAGUGUUUGUAGAGCCAAGGCCUUAGACAUCUGCAGUAAGCCUGUUCCUCUCCUACAUCAGAAAUAGUGCCUUACAAGGUACUGGUAUUGUUUAGUGUACCUUCUAUUACGCUGGAUUGGAAGCAAAGAAAAUAAAAAUAUGGAUGUCUCAAAACCAGCUACAAUGUACUUUUUAAAUAAAACAGAGAAUAUGGCACAUGAGGUAGAGUAUACCUGCCUAUAACAUUGACGGUGCAGCAAACAUAUUUUUGUUACGUGACUUAAAGAGAAGGUGGGGUAACUGCUGGGGGAUGUGCGUUUGUGUGCGCGUAUGCGUGUGCAUGUGUGAAGAUGCACACUUCUAAGUUUUAAUACUUCUGGGAACUAUCCUUUAAAUUCUGGCUGUCAGAAUAGUUUGUGUUUUCCUUUUUAAAAUCAGGGAUUUUUUUUUUUAUUUUUUUUUCUUUAAGAGAAGAAUGUCUAACCUAGAUUAUCUCUGCAAAACAGGUUCAUUGUGUCUUUCUGCAAACAAUUUAUGUAAAAAAAAAAUCAUACAUGAAUUAGGGAGAGGGAAGUAUACUCAGAUGUCCAAUUUGAAACUAAGGCUGAAAUUUCCAAAGAGUUCAUCUCUACUGACUCGGGCAUUUAAAUCCCUUGGUUCCUUUGAAAAUGCUAGCUUGGACUUCAAGACAAUUAAAGCAGAGACCAACUUGCAUCAUAAAUGUUUUUUAGUAUUUUGCAAGCCAUGAUUAACAGUCUGGACCAGAACCCAUUGAAAUACAUCAGAAAACAACAUAAGAAAUUGAUCAAGCCUUUGAAGCCAGGUCAGAAUCAGAGGUGAUCUGUAAAUCCACUGAUGCUCAGCAUUUCUAACUUCUCCUUUAAACUUUGAUUUUACACCUAAUUUAGCUAUCCAAAUGAGCAUAUGAGAAAGUUAAGAUUCAAGCUAUCCAUUUCAGGAAAAAAAUUGAUACAUUCCAGGAUUUUCUGUCUCCCCUGACCACGAAGUUCAGAAAAAGAGAAAACAGGCUCAGAUUUAGAACUAUUUUGUUUAAUGAACUAUUAGCCAUGAAUAUUUACUAUACUUUCCAGUAACUGUUCUCCUAAGGCACAAGGGCCAGACAUUUGGAAAGAUAGUGACUUGAGCCAGACAGUUGUAUCAGAAUUUUUCUUCCAAAGAAAGCCCUCUGAAGUUUGCAGUGGUUUCAGCCUCUCUCAUAGAACCUCGCCAAGGACCUCUGCGCAAGUUUCUUUAAAAACAAUCAACUUCAAGUAGACAAUUUGUAUCCUACUCUGCCCUGUGUUGAAGCCGAGACAAGCCUCGCUGGACUGAGCAUCAGGUUUAUUCCAGUCCAGCAGACUAUUCUUGCUGAGUGCCUACAACCUUGAGCAGCACCACUGUUGCACGUAGCAUCAACAUUCACUUCACAGAAAUUGCUAGCUGUGUUGGCCCUGUAGUACAGUGAAAUAUUAAAGAGCCUUCCCUCUCUCCCUGUUCUCCCUCCUGCUCCCUGACAAAUACUUAAAAUCAGAACAGUAAGUUGGGGUAAGGGAGAGAGACAAUCAACAUUUUGCUAUUCCCAUAGCACUGAAAUCAAAGAGAAUCAAAAGCGAGUUAGGCCAUGGAGAAGGAGGAAGAAGUGGAAUACUAACUGUUAACAAGAACAGCCCAGAGAAGGAGACGGGAUAAUUCUUAUGAUCUGCUGCUAUUUUUCCUGUGCUGAAGUACAGACCUUCAGCCCUGAACUAGAGUAAGAAUAUUUAUACUGUAUUAUUACAGUGUUUUGCACUUUCAGAGAUGUUCUAGCUAGUAACAUUGUUGGACACUAUAAAAGGGAUUGUAUAUCAGCUUUGUUUAUGUAACUGAGAUUUAAAAGGGAUGCUUAAAAUUUAAGAAAAAUAUAUAUUUGAAAUGCAAUUUUAGAACACUUUCUGUAUAUGUAUAAAAAAAAGCUUUCACAUGAAUGUGCACUUCACUGGUCAAUCAGUCCUAGUAUAUACUUGAAAUCAAUGCAGUAUCCACAUUGGUUCCUUUUUAUUUUUCUUCCCUCAGUUUGAUACAUUCUUUAAAUUCUGUGUUUUGCUAUUCUGAGCUGAAAUGCUAAAUAUAAAGCUGUACCAUAAAGCAGGAUAUUCCGUGUUUGACUGGAUGUGCUUGCAUUAAUAAAAAAAGUUGCUUCAACCAGG